AUACGGUAUUUUUAUACGAAAUACAGUAUUUUUAUACGAAAAUACGGUAUUUUUAUACGAAAAUACAGUAUUUUUAUAUGAAAAAAUGAUUUAUUUUUUUUUUGCAUGUCUACGGAUAUUCGCGGAUAUCCGCGGAUAUCCGGAUUUUUAACGGAUAUCCGGAUACCGGAUAUCCGGAAUUCCGGAUCCGGAUACCAAAUUGGCGGAUAAUACGAAUACGGAUACGGAUACGGAUAUCCUAAAAAAACCGGAUAUCCGCUCCGUUUACAGCCCUAGCCAAGAUACAACAUAAGGUGAGUUUUUAAGUCUAGCUUCUUUUGCAAGAGAAUCAGCCAGUGUGUGGCUGCACGAUUGAUAAACUUGAAAUCAUCCAGAUAACGCUGAAUAUCCUUAUUUCCAGGAGCAGGUGGCUCUGUUUUGCAGCUUUUUCUAAAUAGCGGUAUGGCCUAGAUUACUAAGAUCUGUUUAUUUUUAAACAAAAUUCAUAAUUUUGCCUUUUUUUUGAAAAAAUUCUUAAUAGUAAAAUGUAAAAUUAAAAUGAAAUCAACGACUUUAUCGAACUUACAGGCCCUAUUGCCCUAAUAUAUUUGCUCACGUCUUUAAGAUUUUUGUAAGCCACAUUUAUCUUCUUUCCCGUUAUUUGUUCUGCUACACACUCGUCAAAAUUUAGGGUUUUUGUUUCCCCAACUUUCUCAUUCAAUUUGACGACGAAAAUUGAGGAAUCUGCCUGCGAACGAGAACGGGAAGGAUUAGCCUCGCUACAAUUGUACGAAGAUUAAACCCGAUUUAGGGUUUUCAGUUUCCAAUCUCUCUCAUUGAUUCAACAUAGUCACGACGACGACAAUGGACAAAUUUUCCUGCGAACGAGAAAGGCAACGGCUUGCUGCGCUAAGAUUACAUGAAGAUGGAAUUAAAUCUGAUUUCCAUCACGAAAUGAUUGAAGAAGAAUCACGAGCUUUCCAACAACCUAUUGACAAAACAAUUGAAGCACACCAGUCUGUGUAAUUGAUAGAUCAUUCCUCCUAGUUGAAAAGGUUCACAGGCAAGUAUAGGAACAAUGAAGUUUCUAUCAAAUUUCUAAAAAGCUUAGACGUGUGCAAAGUCAGAGAGAUUGCAAGGUUGUCACAUAAGAAUGUGAUUAAAAUCUCCGGGAUAUAUUCUGAUCCCUUAAAUCACUUGAUCAUAUUUGAGCCCCGUAUCAAGGUCACUCCACGAAAUUCUUCACAACGACCAAAGGGUACUUGAUCACUCUACUUUGAUCCAUAUUGCUUUGGAUAUAGCAUGUGGAAUGGAAUUUCUCCAUGCACAUCAAAUUAUGCAUGGAGAUAUUACAUCUUCGGAUCUUCUAAUGAGCAAAGAUGGUGUAAGGGUUAUUAAAGUGUCCGGAUAUGGUGUUACGGGAAAUCAAAAACUUUAUACUUUGUCUAUGAAAGCUGACGUGUUUAGCUAUGGAAUAUUCUUGUGGGAACUCAUCACAACAGAGACUCCAAUGAGCUUUGCCCUUGAACAGGCGAAGAAAAAGCUUAAGGCUAAAGAGGAAGAUCGAAAACCUAAUGAUUUUGUGAAGCAGCCACGAAACAUCAUGGAAACCUUUCUAGAAGUUUUUAGGGAACGAGUUCCAAAAGAAGCCAGUGCAAUACUUGUUGGGAUUAUGGAGAUGUGUUGGACUGAGGAGCCCCCAUCGUUUGCUGAAAUAACCAAGUUGUUGAGGAAAGAUUCUGUGUUUAGAGGACGGCAAUCUACAGAUACAAGUGAAAGGUAUAAGAAGCCACCUGGUUUCUUCCAUUACAGGUGAGAUCUCAACUUGUUGAUAUCAAACAGUGAGAGUUAGCGAAACACCUGUUAUAGUUUCUGUGUUUAGAGGACGGCAAUCUACAGAUACAAGUGAAAGGUAUAAGAAGCCACCUGAAUUCUUCCAUUACAGGUGAGAUCUCAACAUGAUGAUGUAAACAACAGUGAGAGUUAGCUAGACACAUGUUAGCCAGUUAGCUUCUUGAGGGCUUGUUGUAAAGAAUUUUGUUUGACACCUAGUCUUCUUAGUAGAGGAAACUUUAUCUUCUUGUGUGACACGUAUUUGGUUUCUUCCAUUGCAGGUGAGAUCUCAACUUGUUGAUAUCAAACAGUGAGAGUUAGCGAGACACCUGUUAGCCGAGACAUGUUAGCCAGUUAGCUUUUUGAGUGUUUGUUGAUAAAGAAUUUCGUUUGACACCUAUUCUUUUAUAUUAGUUGAGAAAAACUCUCUUUUAAGAUUUGACACAUCUUUUAUCUUAGCUUGUAAACACAAAAGUCUCUUCAUGUUCAAUUUUUUAUAUGCUUACUAAGGGCUUGACUGGUUUAAACGUA